UAUUAAUAAUGUAAAAGUUUAAUGGAAUUCGAUCAUUGGUGAAUUUGAGUAAAUUCAGAGCAAGUGAUCAUCAUAUAAAAGCUAGUCAUCACUAACCAAACAGACCUGAUUUAAUGACUAGUGUUGAUAUAGAUAAAUAUAGAGUUUUUAUUAACAAGCAUCCAGAAGUAAGAGAGAGAUUUUUUGCUACAUACACUUGGUUACCAAAGAUUACACCGUAUUUUAAUAAUUAUAUUACUUUACUAGAUUAUACAAUUCAACAAUUUCCAAAUACAUUGCAACAUCAUUUUCAAGUGUUUAAGCUGAAGCUGUUUCUGAUGUGUAUUUCCCACCAAAGGUAUUAAACUAUUAGAAUCAAUUUAGCUUCAUGAGAAUGGCAUCAACAUUUAUACAUCAUAUAGAUUUGGAAAAACUUUUAGAUAUGGCAGAUCUUUAGAAAUUGUAGGAGGAAUCUUCUUCUUGACUACUAAAUAUCCAUUGUAUUAUGCUUUGGUUGCCUUAUUUGGUUACACAGCUGGAUUUAAUGUAUUAACUAAUCAUAAAUCAUAGGCCUACUUUUAUGAACUUACAAGAAGAACAGUUAUUAGAAUGGAUUUGUUGCCUCAUACUCAUUAAAUUGCUGUUUAAAAAAUUGGUGCUUUUGGAUAAGUGAUCACUAAAUUGCAUCAAAUAUCAGAUUUAGAGCAUGUUAAUUUUUCAGAAUAAGAGACAAAAGGUAAUUACAUAUAUAAUCAAUCUAGAAAAUUACUUUUGGAAUCUAAAUUAUCAUAAAUUAGAUAGAAAUCUUAUUUUCAAGGACAAAUCCACUGGAGAAUUUCUCACUUUUGAUAGUGAAGGAUGGUGGGAUAGAUAAGCCUUAGAGCAUGAAUUGCUUAAUUGAUUAUGAUCAACAAUAUAAUAAUUCAAUA